CCCACCUUAUGCCAAUAACAAAAUAGGAGAAACGGGUUACACCAAACAAAUUCGGGUUCUCACAAAAUAGCAAAAACUGAGCAGAACCCUUUGAAGCAAUUAAAAAGGAAUGGCAAGCGAGGAAGAAACUGCAGUUAAAGAGCCGUUGGAUCUAAUCAGACUCAGUCUCGAUGAGCGCAUCUACGUCAAGCUCCGUUCCGACCGUGAACUUCGCGGCAAACUUCAUGCUUAUGAUCAGCAUUUGAAUAUGAUACUAGGAGAUGUUGAAGAGGUUAUUACCACAGUUGAAAUCGAUGAUGAAACAUAUGAAGAAAUUGUUAGAACCACAAAGCGCAUGAUCCCCUUUCUGUUUGUUAGAGGAGACGGUGUCAUAUUGGUUUCUCCACCGUUGAGGACAGCUUAGUUUGGAGAAGCUCAACAUGUAGAAUUUGAGAGAAGUUGCUUUUUUCGCCUUCUAUUUUGACCAGAUUUAUGUGUAUCUUCAGGUCUGGUCAUGCUUAGUGUCAUAUGGAAUUAACGGCAUUGUAGGGUUGAAUAUUUAGAUUACUUUGCUAUGUUUCAGACCAUAAUGUAAUUGAUGUAACUGAUGAUUUCGGCGGAAUGUCUUGAUGAAUUUUUUUGUUUCGGGAAAUUUGUCAGAAUGAUGAUAUUAUUGAGAAAAAUUUGAGAUGGCCGUCAAGUCCGCAUUUUGCUUUUUUA